UUAUCAGUUAGAGAGGCGUGGGCGGGACUCUGCGCACUCGCUCGUUCUGCAUCUCGACAGAAAGGUAAUAAGCUGCACUUUCUCUGCGCGAGGAGAGAAGCAUCUCUCGUUCUCUCUCUCUCUUUCUCUCUCCACAGUCCCGGUGGUACCGUGUAAAGGCACACUCUAACUAACGGCAAUAGGCUACUGCUACAGCCCGAGGAUCUGCCCGAGUACAAAGGGAGUUGACUUACUUUGCAUUGACAGCAGAACUGAGUUCCGUUCCUACGUAGACUAAGGAGCCUAUGAGAUUCUUCUCAGGUUUCAGACUGCAAGCGCACCUGGAUAAACCCGAGAGCUUCUCCAGUCGAAAACAGAAGACAACGUGAGGCCAGCAUAGUUUGCUACUGAAGGAAGCGUUAAGAAUAUGAUUCUCCAACGGCACUUGGUGUUUCUCCUGUAUAGCUUCUGUGGAAUCGCCUCGAAAGUGGGUGCAACCACUAAAACCAAAGUCAAAGGGUUGUCGGGCCAGUUCCCCCUGACCCAGAAUGUGACGGUGACAGAGGGGGGUACGGCCAACAUGACCUGCAGAGUGGAGUACAAUGACCAGACCUCCCUCCAGUGGUCAAACCCGGCACAGCAGACACUCUUCUUCGGGGACAAGAAAGCCUUGAGGGACAACCGGAUCGAGCUGGUUCGGGCAACGUGGGCGGAGCUUACCAUCAGCAUCAGUGACAUCAGCCUAUCAGACGAGGGCCAGUACACAUGCUCCCUGUUCACCAUGCCUGUCAAGACCACCAAGGCCUUCCUCACUGUACUGGGAGUCCCAGAGCGACCAGAGAUCACAGGGUUCACUAAGCCAGCCAUGGAGGGAGAUGAGAUCACUCUGAUCUGCACCACAUCUGGCAGCAAGCCUGCGGCACACAUCCGCUGGUUCAGAAACGACAAGGAAGUAACAGGCACUAAGGAGGUCAACGCCACAGGGAAGUCGUUCACAGUGAAGAGCACUCUGCAGCUGCAGGUGGAUCAGAGUGAUGACGGGGUGGCCUAUACCUGCAGUGUGGAGCACGUGUCUCUUUCUUCCAACCCUUACCAGGUCACAGAGGUCCUGGAGGUCCAUUACGCCCCCCAUGUGGAGAUUUCCCACUCCGUGAUCAUCCCUCAGGAAGGACAGUACUUUAAACUGGAGUGUGUCUCCAAAGGGAACCCACUACCAGAGCCAGUGUUGUGGUCUAAAGAUGGAGGGGAGCUGCCUGAUAUAGAGAGGAUGAUUGUAGAGGGCAGGGAACUCACCAUCACCGCCCUCAACAAGACAGACAACGGCACGUAUCGCUGUGAGGCCAGUAACUACCUGGGGACUAGUGGAGCUGAAUAUGUCCUGUUUGUAUACGGUGAGUGUCUUACAUAG